CGUUGGUCUCGCCCGGGUCUCCCUAGCAUCAAACGCACAUGUUGGGUGUGUUGUGCGGAGGAUUGCGCCGCUAUUACAGCAUUUAGCGAACCUGUGAGGGCUGUCACGCUGCUGUUUCCUCUGCACACAGCACAGACACAAUGAAAUAAGUCUGUCAGUCACCGAGGAACACCUGGAAAAUCAGAGUUACCGCAGGAAACACGCACAGGUGUGCGGUGAGGAGGCUGACACGCGACUCAGCGUGGCUGCAGGCGGCUACUGUCGGACUCCACCGGGCUGAAGGCCUCGAGGCUUACCAAGCGACGCCAUGAGCUCCAAGGUGUGUAAGAACUGCGGCAGCUCGGACAUCGAUGUGGACCAGGCGCGUGGUGAUGCGGUCUGUAUGGGCUGCGGCUCCGUGCUGGAGGACAACAUCAUCGUGUCCGAGGUGGAGUUCGUAGAGACGGGAGGCGGAGGGUCGCUGGCUGUCGGGCAAUUCGUCUCUGCAGAAGCUGGAGCUAAACAUCCCUCCUUUGGAGAUGUGCACUUCACAGGGAGGGAGUCCCGAGCUCAGACGCUGCAGAAAGCCAAACAGCACAUCAACACUCUGGGCCACCAGCUGCAGAUGAACCAGCACUGUCUGGACACGGCCUUCAAUUUCUACAAGAUGGCGCUGACAAAACACCUGACCCGCGGCCGCAAGGCGUCGCACGUCAUCGCCGCCUGUCUCUACCUGGUCUGCCGCACCGAGGGAACGCCACACAUGCUGCUGGAUCUCAGUGACCUCCUGCAGGUGAACGUCUACAUCUUGGGAAGAACUUUUCUUGUCCUGGCCAGAGAACUGUGCAUCAAUGCCCCGGCUAUAGACCCGUGCCUGUAUAUUCCCCGUUUCGCCCAGCUGCUGGAGUUCGGCGAAAAGAACCACGACGUCUCCAUGACGGCGCUGAGGCUGGUGCAGAGGAUGAAGAGGGACUGGAUGCACACGGGACGAAGGCCGUCGGGACUCUGCGGAGCAGCUCUUCUCGUCGCCGCUCGUAUGCACGACUUUCGCCGCACCAUCAAAGAAAUCGUCAGCGUCGUGAAAGUGUGUGAGACCACGCUCAGAAAAAGACUCAUAGAGUUUGAGGACACGCCCACCAGUCAGCUGACCAUCGAGGAGUUCAUGAAGAUGGAUCUGGACCAGGAGUGCGACCCGCCUUGCUAUACAGCUGGACUGAAGAAGCAAAAAGCCCGUCAGCUGGAGAUGGAGCUGAAGAAAAAGAUGGAGGACGUUGAAGAAGAAAUUCAUGGCUACGAGGAUGAAAUCGAUGCAGAGCUUCAGAGCAGCAGACCCAAACUGAGAGGAGUCUACGCUGCUUACGCUAAAGAAGACUGUGAAAAUGACGACGACGACAUCCUCUCCACGUCGUCCAAAGUGGCAGAUGAUGAGGAACCAGAAGACGAGGAUGAGCUUCAGGCUGUGGCCAAGCACUUCGGCAAAGACAUCGAAGAGCUCACGCUGGAGGCCCUGAUAAAACUGGAGCAGAGGAGAACAGAGGAGGAAGAGGAGGAAGAGGAGCAGGAGGAGGACGUUCCAAAGCGAAAGGGCCCGUCGCUGGAGUCCAUCCUGGGUACGAUGCCGUCGGCAGCCACUCUGGGCCUCUCCGAGUCCCUCAACAGCUGCAUGGGAGAGGAGAAGGAGAACGAUGGUGCUGCUGACAGCGGGGAGCUGGACCUGAGCGGGAUAGAUGACAGCGAGAUAGAGCUGUAUCUGCUGGAUGACAAAGAAAUCAAAAUCAAGACGGCGCUCUGGAUGGCAGAAAACUCAGACUACCUCAAAGAGCAGAGAGAAAAGGAGGCGAAGAUAGCGAAAGAGAAGGAGCUCGGGAUCUACAAAGAAAAGAAGCCUAAAGGUCCUGCGAAGAGGCGUCCCCCGAUCCGAGCCAGCACCGCCGACGAGGCCAUCGGGAAGAUGCUGGAGCAGAAGAAGAUCUCCUCCAAGAUCAACUACGACGUCCUGAAGGACCUCAACAUCAAACCCGGCGCCAGCCCGGCCCGCAAAGCCGAGUCCCCAAAGAAGGAGCCGUCUGUGACCAGGCUGACGGGACGCAACCGCACGCCUGCACGAACGCCGCUGAGCCUCAGCACGCCGCUCAGCACCCUGGGAAAAAGGUUGCAGCCGUUCAUCGCCGGACAGCCCAACAAGAAGCUGGCCGUGGAGCAGGUUGCCAACUCCAACCCCCUGCCGCUGCCUGUGGGAGCCCCCGCCAGCGGAGUGGUGGUGGAGAGCGGGCCGGUGAUGUACGAUGACGCAGCUGCUGAUGAGGAAGAGGAGGAUGAGGAGGAGACCUGUGUCAGCGCCAUGGAGCUGAUGGGCAGCAACGAUUACGGCUGUGAUGGAGAUUACGAUGAUGGAUUCUAGCAGUGGAUUAUUAUCCCCUCCUAGUAUGGACUAUUUUGAAUCCUUACCUGUAUCAGAUGUUUACUAACAGGGACACAAAAUGGCUGCAGCUGCAGAUCAGUGCUGUGAUGCAAAGAGGAAUGAGGAACUCCCAUGAGGAAUAAAUGGGACAGAAAAAAGUCACACUAAACUGAGGGUGCAUGUCUUAGAUACUGACAGAGGUCAGAGGCAGAUGGUGGUGAAAAUCCUGCAGAAUUGAAGGAGGAGGUGGUCCAGGAGCACAGGUUUGUUAAGCUGCUGAUCAGAAGACAGUUAGGUUAAAACUGGGUUAAGAUUCAGAUAAUUAGUUUACAAAUAACUGUUGAAAUGUCCUGUACACUGAUCAGCCACAACAUUAAACAGAUGAAGUGACUAACAUUGAUCAUCUCGGUUCAAUACAGUGUUCUGCUGGGAAACCUUGGGUCCUGGCACGUGCCACCAACCUAAGCAUUGUUGCAGAACACGUACACCCCCAAUGGCAACACCACUCCCCAAUGACAGGGGCCUCCCCCACACCGCAAAAACUGCUGAGUAUGAUUGGGAUCUGGGGAGUCUGGAGGCCAGGUCAAAGCUUUGGGCUUUUGUUGUGUUCCUCAAGACCUUUCUGAGCAGUUUUGUGGUGUGGUGGGAGCAUUGUCCUGCUGGGGGAGGCCACAGCCAUUAGGGAGUGCUUGGUCUACAGCAAUGUUUAGGUGGGUGGUACAUGUCAAAGUAACAUCCAGACAAAUGUCAAGAUCCAAGGUUUCCCAGCAGAACAUUGGAUCAAUGUUAUUCACGUAAUCCUUCAGUGGUUUUAAUGUUGUGAAUGACUCCAUUUUAAUGUGCCGUUAGGACCAGGUUCAUUGUGAAAUACUGUCAUUUAAAUGCUGCUGAAAAGGGGAUUAUACUAACAAAGACAUGUCUUUUGUUCUGCAAGAUACCAAAUCAGUGUUUCCUGUGAAGUACUCUUCAGGGGACAAAAUCUGUAGAGGUUUUUCUGCAGGAUAAGUCUUUUGAUUUUAACAACUGUGUCUCCUCAGGAUGGUUUUGAGGGACGAUUAAUGUAGCAAAACGUUACCAUCCUUGAACUUGCACUCUCCAUAACACUUACCAGUAUACGACUUUAAGUACUUCCUGCCGCCUAAUUCUGUCUCAAAACUAUGUUUCUGUACUGUACUGUCUCUCAGCGGCAACAUGAACUAAAAACAAGCAUCUAUCAGUCAGGUAGCGUGAGAUCAAUCAUCAGUAUCAGUAUCUGGAAAAGAAUUUUUCUGUAAUUUCUGGUUCAGAUUCAGUAUUUAUUAAUGCCUUAGGUGAUAAGUGGACAGACACAUGAUGUCUGCUUCUCUGAAGCCAAAGUAUUAUAAUGUUGUUGCCUUUGAACAAAGUGAUCCCAGGUUAUGUGCCAAUGUUUGAAGAGAUGUUAUUGAAUCCAAAACAGUGAUAUUUUAAUUUUAGUAGUAUAUAUUCAUGGAGGAACAUGAUGGUUGGAUUAGUUUUUGUUUUUGCUGUUUAUUUGCUUUGGGCUUUUUCUCAUAGAGCUUGUUCUCUAUAAUUAAUUUAAGGAGACUGUAUUAUACUUUAUCAUGUCCUGUCACCUGCCACAGAGGUGAGAUGUAAAUGCAUUCUUGGCAAUGUUAUAUUUUCCAAAUGAAAGGGGGAGCCCAAUCAGAGAAUAGAUCUAUUUUGUAUUUAAGAUUUUAUGAUUUUUGUGUUGGAGCAAUGAUAUUUUGGAGGUGGAAGAGAUUGUGGCCUUUUCACUGUGUCCACACAACAGUAUUUAAUGAGGCAUCUUUGAUUGCCUCUGCUGCUAUAACUCAUGAUGUUACAUCUGUAUAUUGUUGUGUGAAUUUGCUGCUACAGUAAAGAUUUCACUAAAUGGAUA